AUGCCUAUAUUGUUUGUGAAAUUGGUAUAGAUUCAACAAUUUUAGUACUUAAGUCUAAUCAAUAGUAUUAUUGAGUUUUAUUUUCAAAAUCUAUUGAUUUGCUCGGGAUUAUCUAUUAAGGAUUAUUGUGAGCUGAAAAAAAUGAUCGAAAAUGUGUUUGGAAUUGAUCAUCUUGUGUUAAUAUCAUGUACUUUUGCCUCAACUAAGCCUGAUGAUGAAUAUAUACUGAGACCUUUUGCGAGAAUUACGAACCAUAUUCUUAUUGUGUACCAAAUUAAAUAAAAAAAGGAUAUGUGGAAUUAGAUGCUAAAAUGUAAUUAUUGUUCCAUUAAAUAAUUGAAUAAUACGAUGUAAAACCUAAAAAAACUUUUGGAAACAAAACUUGUUUAUACGAUUGCUAUAAAUGUUAUAAAAAAACACACGUUUUAGAGCAGCUAGAUAAAGUUAUAAUGGUACAAAAGGAAAUGA